UCUCAUCUCAACUAUUUUCAGCGUUUGAAAUUAUUUUUUCGAGCGAACUCGAGGAUCAUGCAACGAAAUGUUGAGUUUAAUGAAAAUCGGGCGGAAAAAGUGCAUUCAUUUGCUGAUGACCAGAGGGGGGAUCUUGCUUGCUGCUGGACAAAGAAUCUCAGUUUAUAAACUUUCCCAGUCCCGCCUCCUGCCCAUUGAAACCCGCUCCUAUUGGUCAGCACGUUGAUGCUCUUUUAUUCCAUUGGCUGUUUAGGAUGUCUGUUUUCGGUUUUUCGAGCAGCUGAACUUCACUGAAGCCCAUCGGCUCGUCUCGAUGUGCAUUAUUGAAAAACGAUCAAACUUGGGAUGGCACCCACGACGGAGUCCAGACUGAAUGUGGAGGAUUUGAGUAAAAAAGAGCUUCUGUUGCUCUUCAGUGUUCUGGAAGGAGAGCUGGAGGCUCGAGACUUUGUCAUACAGACACUCAGGGCCCAGCACAGAGACUCUUACAUGUGGGAGCGUUAUGGAAAAUACAGCCUGAGCGAUCCCUUCCUGGCGCUGCAGAGGGACAGCGAGGUCCUCCAGAACUCGGGUCAGGGCAGAGGGAACGGAGGGAGUUCCUCCCAGAGACGCCAGGGCAUCUGUGGGGCGGCGGCGGUUCGCGCGGACCCUCUGGCGGUCCUGAAGCUGGUGGUGGGACACUGCAGGAGGAUGCAGGAGAAGAUGCUGAAGCAGCUGGCAGCUGCAGAGUCCAGACACAGGAGGAUCAUUGCAGAUCUGGAGGAGGAGAAGAGAAAGCAUGCUGAGGAUGCUGCAGAAGGAGAUGAUGUCACGUACAUUCUUGAGAAGGAGAGAGAGCGCCUCCUACAGCAGUUGGAGUUCGAAAAGGCAAAGACGUCUCGUAUCGAGAGGGAGAAAAAACGGCUCCACGAUCAGUUAGAAGACCAGCGUGUCCAGCAGAAACAUCUCAUGACGGCACUGAGUCGAGAAUGCAAACGCUCUGGCUCCCGCGCCCACGAGGAGUCCCAGCGCGCCACCGAGCUCUGCCACCGCCUGGAGCGCGAACGAUCGGCCAGUCAGGCCCUGAGGGCGGAGCUGGAGGAGGAGAAGAAGCGGGCUAUGCAAAUGGAGGCGAGGAGAGAGGAGCUACUGGCUGAAUUCGACACGGAGCGAGAGCAGCUCAGCCUGAGGUUACGGAAGGAGGAGGCGCGCUGCAGGGAGCUGCAGGAGGAGAUGGAGAGGUUGAGGAGACAGAUGAGCGCUGGCAAGAUGAACGGACAUCACGUUCCUACAGAGGAUGAUGGCCGUGUUGAUGUUCUAGAAAAUCAGUCACAGAACACAUUGACCAAUGGGAGCUCGCCGUCCAAUCCUCAAGCCCACAGCCCUUCCGCCAGCAACACAGAGUGUUCCCUUCAAAGUACGAUAUUGACACAAUCACCGGACAUGUCUAGUCUACAAGCUGUGUAUCAGGCCGGCAUCCACCAGCGCUUCCACGCAGCACGUCACAAGUUCCAAGGCACCCUCGAUGAAGACAUCCCCGCUUCUCCCCCUCCCUGCGACGCCAAUGCGAUAUCUCCGUCAGACGGCGUCUCGUCUAAACACGCGGCACGCAAUACAGUCACCCAAGCCCUGAAUCGCUUCGGCGCUCACCAGGGUUCCAGCAAACCCGCCGCACCCAACACUUCCCCUUUCGGCACGGAUUACCGUACGCUGUCCCAAUCCGGCGUCAUGUCUCCGACCAUCAGGUCUCCCACCAUUCCCAGAGCAGAAAGAGGGACCCCGCCGCCAAUCCCACCCAAGAAGCCUGGCCUUGCCGAGACUCCGCCCUCUCCGGCCUCUCAUCGAGCCGCUCGCCUGGCACAAAUGACGGCCGGCUGCGGACGUAGCAGCAGCCUCGAGAACAGCAAGGAACCAGACUUUGUGUUGUCAUCUAGUGGCUAGCAAGCACAGAUUGUCAUGAAUGUGACGGCUAUGAACUUGUCAAACACUGUUGAUCUUUUUUUAUCGUUUUUUCAGAAGAUUCUAAAUAUAUAUUUUCACGGUAUUAUAUCUCACGGGUGUAUGCAUGGUAUUUUGCGAUAUAUUAUCAGAUGCAUGUUGAUUAUGCGCAUGAAUGAAAACAUAUUACACGUUAGGUAUUUGACCACACCCUCCAUGAAAAAUCACUUGUUGUCAUGAAAAAAUCACGAAUGACUGGUACCCAAUAGAAUUACAUAUAUUUCUGGCAAAUAUUGAUUAUGUAUACUUCACCCAGUCUAGUUUAUACACUGUACUGUAUAUUUACCAGAUUGCAUGUGCAUCUAAAGGUGUUGAAGAUUUAGCCUGAAUAUUCACUUACUCUGAAACAUGUUUUAUGACAUAUUCUGUUCUGUUUAUCUUAGUUUGUUUUCUCUUGCUGAAUAUAACUGCACAACAUUAUGCUUUUAAGUUAUUGCCUAUCUGUGCUGCCUCAAACCGGCCAGCAGGGGGCAUCGGGUGGUAAAGUGACCGUAACAUCAUUCUCAGAAUACUAGCCCACUGCAUACUUCCCAGUAUACCCUGUACACUGCCUACUAAAUAAAAAAAUAAAGACAUAUAAGUUGAUUUUACUGUAUAGAGGUCAUUAUUCAAAACAUGUCAAACACUGACCAAUCAAAAUCAAGUAUUCAAGAGAGAUGAAUGUAAGUAGUCUGUCAUGUUAAGCGUGUGAGAAAUGUGUGUGCAUCACAGUCACCCAUGUAAGACUAACGGGAGCGGGGAUCACAGUUUAACCAGCCAGGAGCCUCUCCCUAAAUCCUCUCUUUAUGUGUGUGUGUGUGUACGUGUGUGUGGCCUGGGAAACACGGAGGCAAACACGCAUGAAGUAUGUGCCACUCUGCCCCCCUGGUCACAGUGGUCUUACCAGGUUUCAAUCAAGCGCAAACUGCCAGCUUAUUCAGUGUGGAACAUUUAAAGCAACGGUUGUCUCGAGAAUGUAAGUUUCAAUGUUUCUUAAUUGAUUUAUCUCCCAGUUAUAAUAAAUGCUGGCAUAUUUAUUUGUUGGCUCAACUGUGAGUUUUUUUCAGACAAGAGGAUUCCUCUGUAGACGUCCGAUGUGUCAAUGCACGGUCACCCCGCCUCGGGUGGACGCCGCUAAUUAACAUUCCUGUUUGGGACAGUGGGUCGAGGUUGCGAGGCCAACGGGGACGCAUGCCUGGCCUGGUGAAAUCUCUCUCCCACACACGGCUACAAUCACAAGUUUCUGUCUCUGGGGGAGAGGGGGCAGUGACCUCGUCUUAGAAAAAAGAAGACAUGUCACUGGACAUCCUGGGUCCUGACUCUGGGUACCAAAGGGUUAGGCCUUCUGAACCAUUGAAGACAUCAUCAAAAUAUAGGAUGCAUUGUUUAAUCCCCUUAAAUUGUGAUGUGAAAUCGUUUGGACAAUAAAUCGGUGCUG